CGAUCUGAGCAACAAGCAGCUGACUGGCUCUUUGCCUGAAGGCCUUGGGAGAAUCUCCCUCCUGUCUCACCUUGACGUCAGUGGCAACGCGUUCAAUGGAACUCUGCCUCAAGGACUGGACCAACUCACUGCUCUUACAAGCCUAAAUCUCGCCAGCAACGUAAUCAACGGCAGCAUCCCUGACUCUUUAGGGAACCUCACCAACCUCAUCUCUCUUAACUUCACCAUGAAUCUGCUCAAUGGAUCCAUUCCAUCGUCAUUUGGUGACUUCGCCCACCUCCGUUACUUUGACGUCAGCUACAAUGGCCUCAAUGGGUCGCUCCCAGACUCCUUCAGCCGACUCUCCGCACUCAAGCACCUGCAAGUUGCCAACAACCAGCUGAACCAAACACUUCCUUCCAGUCUCAGCAAUCUCAUCAGCCUCACCAACCUCCCUCCCAGCAACAUUUCCAUGAACUUCAUCAACGGGACUUUCCCUGCUGCCAUCAGCACUCUCACCAACCUUGUUGCUCUUGACGUUCAUUUCAACAGCAUGAACUGCUCCUUCCCUUCUCACAUCAGCACACUCACCAAACUCACAUGGCU